AGCUUUGUUUUGGUUUUUGCAGGCAAGAGAGUUCUUUUCGUUUAUUUUAUUUACCUAAAACAACCAGCGCGCGUUACGUGUUGCACAGAUGUUUGCGGAGCGCCGGGACAAUCAAUAAGCGAACGAUAACUUGGCACUGAGCACUCACUGGACAUGGACGUGGCGUCGACGAGCAAGGCAGGGGAAUCUGCAUCGGUAUCAGUAUCGGCAUCGCCACCCUCCAGCAAUGAGGCGGCCGCUGGGUCACAGAGCGACGCCUCCGAGGAGGAGGAGUAUCUGGACAACAGCAUCGAGCUGCGUGGCUACCUGAGCAAGUGGACCAACUACAUAUAUGGCUGGCAGCCGCGCUACAUAGUCCUCAAGGAUGGCACCCUCUCCUACUACAAAUCGGAGUCGGAAUCGGACUUUGGGUGUCGCGGAGCCAUCAGCCUGACCAAGGCCACCAUUAAGGCCCACGAAUCCGAUGAACUGCGUUUCGAUGUGGUGGUCAACAACCUCAACAACUGGUGCCUGCGGGCGGAGACCAGCGAGGAUCGCAUGCACUGGGUGGAGGUCUUGCAGCUGUACAAGGAGGACACUGGCAGCACGGACACCACUUCGCUGCGACGCCAUGGCAGCACCAUGAGCCUGCAGUCGAACACUAUCUCGCUGACCAGCGGCGGAAGCCUGAAAAAGACUCAACGGAAUCUCCGCGAGAAAGUUGGUGAACUGGAGACCUUCAAGGACAUUUUAUUUGGACAGAUCGAGACCCUGCAGCGUUACUUUGAUGCCUGCUCGGAGUUGAACAAGAACAAUGCUCAGCCUUUGGAUCUGGGCGAUGGCCUCAAGUGCAUAGAUUUCAAGGGGGAAUCCAUUACGUUUCGGGCAACUACGUCUGGUGUGCUCACCACAUUGCAGCACUGCCUGGAAAUCAUUGCCGAGAGCGAUGACUCAUGGAAGCGGAAACUGGAGCGUGAGAUUGAUAAGCGACGUCGUUCCGAGGAUCAGAGCAAAAAAUUCAAAGAGGAAAUCGAGAAAAUGAAACGCUUGUCAUAUCCUGGCCCAGAUUUCGAGGAGGGUCCACAUUCCACAUUGCCCGAGGAUGAGUUCUUUGAUGCGGUCGAAACGGGCCUGGAUAAAAUCGAGGAGGACAUGCAGCUGCGCUUCAAGCUGAGGCUGCAAUCCCAAAUCUCCCAGACGCUGGUCAAUGUGCCCCACGAGGCAGUGGCCGAGGGCGAGGAGGCGCGCGAGGAAUUCGGCACGGGUGCCGAGGCCAAGAGCCAUGCUCUAUGGCCGGAGAUCGAUCGCGUGUGCAAGGAGCAGCUGCACUAUGCACGCGAGGGCGUUGGCCAGGACGGCAAUGGCUGGCAAAUCUUUGCCGACGAGGGUGAGAUCAAAAUGUACAAACGCGAGGAGGAGGUCAAUGGGCUGGUGAUGGACCCCCUAAAGGCUUAUCACACGGUCCAGGGUGUGACGGCGCGAGAGAUGUGCCAUUACUUUUUUAUGCCGGAAUUCCGCAACGACUGGGAGACCACCUUGGAGGACUGCACAAUUCUGGAGAAAAUCUCGGCGGAUACCCUGCUCUUUCUGCAAACCCACAAACGUAUUUGGCCAGCCAGUCAAAGAGAUGCACAAUUCUGGUCGCACAUGCGCAAGAUCACCGAUAACCUGGAGGAUGGCGCCCGGGACAUGUGGGUGGUGUGCAACAACUCCACGGAGUAUGCCAAACAGGAGUCUAAGAAUGGCAAGUGUGUGCGUAUUUUCCUCACGGUCAUACUGGCCUGCCAGACGCACCUGCCCGAUGGUUAUGUCAAGGGUCAGCCUCUGAAUCGUGAAGAUUUAACCUGUAAAAUCACCUACUGCUCUGUGGUUAAUCCCGGUGGCUGGGCGCCUGCCAGCGCCUUGAGGGCCGUCUACAAGCGAGAGUAUCCCAAGUUUCUGAAGCGCUUCACCGGCUAUGUAAUAGAUCAGUGCAAGGACAAGCCCAUCAUGUUCUGAUAUUUGCCAUAGAAGCCACUAAAGCUGAAUUGGACUUAAUCCUUAAGGAGGAGCUAGCGGAGCAAGCUCGGUAACUCCAGUUUUAUAAAAGAAAAACCUUAAACCCGAGCGUGUGUUCUGUAAGCGAAAUGUUAGAAUUCCCAUUUUGUAAUUGCCGCAAAAGCAACUCUAGGAUGUAAUUGUAACCUGUCUAGCCCUAAGUUAUAGGUGUAAGCGAGCACACACAAUCAUUGUAUAGCUCUUAGUCCCGAAGCAGUCGUAUCUAUCUUUCUAUCUGUAAUGUAUAUCUAUGAAAAUGCUUUAAAUGCAACAAUUGCAAACGAGAAGGAUGUGUGAAUCUAUGCUAUAUAUCCGAGGCAUCUCUCUCUCUUUUACUCAACUCUGUCAAGUGUAAAUAAAACCACUUAUUGUUAUCUCCCAAAAAAAGAAAAAAAACUACACGUUUUCUUUAUCAUAUGUCAAGUCAUGUAUUUUUGCUUUGAAGUUUCUCUCAUUGUUGCCGCGAACUAUGUAUGCUCAAUGUACAUAAACUGUGCUGUUUUUAGAAGAAUUUCGUGUGUAAUUUUACAACAUGCUUAUGUAGGUUCUCUUACUUAAUAACAUUUUUUAUUCUUUAUUCCAAAUUGUACAACCAAGUAAUGCAGUUGAAGAUUUUCAAGUAAAUGCCUUUCGCCUUUUGCUGUGCAGUCUGAAGAGUUGCUAAUUAAUUAAUUUCAACUUGAACUUUAUAAGUUUAUCCUCUAUCGUUAAUGCAUUUUAUAUCGCUUGCAAUGUACUCGUGUUGUGUCAUAUUGUCAUGUAAUUGGUUGCUUGGUUGUUGUUUGUCGUUGUAGCUAUUUGGAAAAUAGAGUUACAUACAAUACAUACUAUAUAUGCAUAAUAUAUAUGGUACAGGAGAGCGGGGUUCUGUGAUGCUAUUUUGGCAAAUAUUUCGGCUAUAUCUUGGGGGUCUCUGUCUGUCGCGGGUUCAGUAGUUGAGCCUAUGGAAAUGCAUGCUGGCUUACGACUUUGGCCUUUGGUAAUAUCCUUCCAUCUAACAUUUAAUACGCUUCUUAUACAUGUAUGUUUCCGGUAGAGCUAGGAAAAAAUC